UUUCUCUUUCCCCCCCCCACGAGGUGGGAUUGGCGUCGCUAACGCGAGGCUGCGCGGCGCAGGGAAAGUAACAACUUGGAAUUAACCAGAAAUGUUUACAGUUUGAAGCAGCCCGGUUCACCUCAUUCAUAAAGAGGAGUUUACACAAUCAAACCUGACAUAGGACAAAGGAGCGGACGAAGUGAGAGAGGAGGAAAGAUAAACAAACAAACAACAAAAAGAAGCUAAAAGAGUCCCUCCUGGUCUAUUUGACUCUCUCUCUCUCUCUCUUCCCAGCCAGAAUUAAAGGCGAAGUUAAAACAUCAUGGAGUGGGGCACGGAGCUUUGGGACCAAUAUGACACUAUAGAACGGCAGACCCAGUGGGGGAUUGACUUGAUAGAGAAGUAUGUGAAGUUUGUAAAGGAUCGGACUGAAAUAGAACAGACGUACGCCAAGCAGCUGAGGACUUUGGUGAAGAAGUACAGUCCCAAACGAGUCUCUAAAGAAGACCAUGAAUUAAAGUUCUCCCAGUAUCAGGCCUUCAUCAACAUUCUCAAUGAAUUGAAUGACUACGCUGGACAGCGGGAAGUUAUAGCGGAGAACCUGAUGCAGAACAUCUUUGCCCAAUUGCUGAAAUACUUGCACGAAAAUAAGCAGGAACGUAAGACGUAUCUUCUGGAAGGAAGAAAAGCUCAACAGAACCUGGAAGUUAGUUUUAAACAGCUGGAUAAUGCGAAGAAGAGGUUUGAGCGUGAUUGCAAGGAAGCAGAGAAGGCAAUGCAGAAUGCAGAGAAGGUCAACAGUGACAUCAACACUACUAAGGCUGACGUGGAAAAGGCAAAACAGCAGGCAAACCUGCGGAAUCACAUGGUGGAAGAAAGCAAGAAUGAAUACGCCUCCCAACUACAGAAAUACAACAAGGACCAGAAUCAGUUUUACUUUGCCGAAAUGCCUCAUGUUUUCAAUAAACUCCAGGAGAUGGAUGAAAAGCGGAUACAGAAGCUGUGCGAGGCAUACAAGAUGUUUGCCGACACGGAGCGUCAAGUCAUGCCAAUCAUUGGGAAGUGUCUGGACGGGAUGACCAAAGCUGCAGAGUCUGUAAAUGAGAGCGCGGAUUCUCGAGUACUGAUUGAGGCCCAUAAGUCAGGAUUUGAGAGACCAGGGGAGUUAGAAUUUGAAGACUACAGCCAGAUGAUUAAUCGGACUUCAUCAGAAAAUAGCCUUGGUUCUGUUAAAUCGGAGCCUAGGGCUGAUCAUAGGACCAUUGGCAAAAGCAAGACCAAACGUUGGCCAUUUGGGAAGAAGAACAAGCUUCCACCCCCUCCCUUCUCACCUUUGUACACUUACCCUUCAUCUAUCGCUAAUGGGCACCCAUCCCCCAAGUUCACCAGGGAUCCGCUGUCUUACUGUCUGAACGAGAUAAAGACAGUGAAACCCAGGAUCCCUUCUUUCCGAAGCUUACGGAGGGGGCUCAUUGUGUCUGAGGACUUCAGUCACCUACCACCUGAGCAGCGUCGAAAGAAGCUUCAGCAGAAAAUCGACGAUCUGAAUAAGGAGCUGCAGAAACAACUGGACCAAAGUGAAGCUUUAGAUAAAAUGAAAGAUGUUUAUCAACGGAAUCCGCAGAUGGGUGAUCCAAACAGCCUUGAGCCCGGAAUAACAGAGACUAACCAGCAGAUUGACAGACUACGUCAAGAGGUUCAGAAGUAUGAGACCUGGCUGGCCGAUGCUGAAGGGAAACUGGUUGCACGAAAUGACAGCUGUGUGCAGUACAUCCCCCACGGUGAUCGCUCUCCCUCCUUGAAUAACAAUGGAUCACAUGAUAAGGAAAGCCCGGACACAACUUAUUCCGAUGAUAGUGGCCAGGAGCCAUUGCCACAGCCUUCUUCUCUCUCGGAGUUUGAUGACUUUGAGGAUGAUCUUGUCCAUCCGAUUGGAAGCUCAACUGCUCUGUAUCCAUUUGACGGCAACAGCGAAGGCACCAUUCCAAUGGCGGAGGGAGAGGUGCUGCACCUGAUUGAAGAGGACAAGGGCGAUGGGUGGACGCGGGUCAGACGGAGCGACGGGGGGGAAGGCUAUGUACCCACCUCCUACGUGAAAAUCACCCUCAGCAGACAGUGAGCCAGAAUCUGCUGGUGGCCACAGGACAUUUAUCCUCUGGUUCAGGGUGUCUCGUCUUCUUUCUUUGAACCAGGAUGGAGCAGGUGGAGCUUUCUACGGAAUGAAUGGCUCCGUGGAAAAGUGGGAGAGGGAUGAGGGUUAGCUGACCUUCACUGGUAUUCACAUUGGGGAAAAGAAACCUGAGAGUCACUUAGUUGCAUUUGUAAUACCUUUGACACAUAAUUAGGACAGCAUCUAUGAUCUUUCAGUUCACUGUAGAAAGACUCUGUCCAGUUGCAGUUCAUGCUGGUACAGUAAAUACUGCUCUAAUGUACAUAUUUUGUAGUAAUAAUUGUAUUUAGGGAUGAAGUCCCAUUGUUUAAUUGCUGAUCACCAAUGCCAUCUUUUAUAUAGAUAUUUUACAUAGAACAUACAUUUCUCCUAUCCACAUUUGUGGAAUUGUUUCGGGUGAGGAAUAGGACAACAUGCAGAACACAUCUUGGAGUCUGAUUAAAUGGAGUGCACCAUCCAAACGAUAUUAUUUGCAGGACAAGAAAACUAGGUUUCCAAAGCAUCUCAUUGUUUUACAUUGACAUCAUGGCUUUGUUUGAAGGGUACGAAAAGCCGGCCGGCUGUUUCAAAAGCAAUGGGGGCAUUGAGUCAGAGGAAGACCCACACUCGCCAUGGAACUGGCUGUGGCCCCGGAGAGUGAAUGAACUUGUGAAAGUCGACACUUAGAUAAUGCUUGCCCAUGAGCUUUUAGGUAACGGAUGAUGGGGAGCAAAGGUACUAUGCUGGGGAGCAAAGGUUCCUUCCCAGCUCAGCGACAGUCCAGCUGGUGCUGUUUCCUGGCCUUGUUGGAUUUUUAAUGAAUUGGAAAAUGAGAUGCCUGUAGAAAUUUAAAUGAAAGGUGCAGAUGGCAGUCCCAGUUUAGGUAUGUAUGCCUGUUCAUCCUUUUAUCAGCUUGCGUUAACUUGAAACUUCGCCAAAUUUUAAGAGUAAAUUCUUAAAAUGAAAAUAUACAAUUCUGUCAGGUGCCAAAUGUGAGUUAAGCUUUCCAGGCAGACUCUCCCAGCACUGAUUCUAAUCUGGGGAAUCUAGGCUCAAGCAGUCAUGUCAGUUCUUCUGUGGUGUCUGGUGUGUUGUCCAGAAUGUAGCCUUUCUGUUGUAUCAUGGUGCAAAAACUAUAUGAUGUUGGUUCAUUUGUGAUUGUAUCGUAGACCAAUAAUGCACUUCACUUUACAAUAGGACAGUAACAUGGUUGUUUUUUCCCACCUUGUUUUAAUCCUGUAAUAAAAUACUAUUGCAACAGAG